AUGCGGGUAAGCCACCAUGAUCUGAGAAUAGUCACAGAACCCCCAUCGUCACACCUACCGUCACACUGGUCCCCUCGUCGUCACACCACCGUCACCCUGGUCCUCUAUCGUCACACCACCGUCACCCUGGUCCCCUCAUCGUCACACCACCGUCACCCUGGUCCCCCAUCGUCACACCACCGUCACACUGGUCCCCAUCGUCACACCACCGUCACCCUGGUUCCACGUCACACCACCGUCACCCUGGUCCCCUCAUCGUCACACCACCGUCACCCUGGUCCCCAUCGUCACACCACCGUCACCCUGUCCCCUCAUCGUCACACCACCGUCACCCUGGUCCCCUCAUCGUCACACCACCGUCACCCUGGUCCCCAUCGUCACACACCGUCACACUGGCCUCAUCGUCACACCACCGUCACCCUGGUUCCCACGUCACACCACCGUCACCCUGGUCCCCUCAUCGUCACACCACCGUCACCCUGGUCCCCUCAUCGUCACACCACCGUCACCCUGGUCCCCGUCGUCACACCACCGUCACACUGGUUCCCACGUCACACCACGUCACUGGUCCCUCAUCGUCACACCACCGUCACACCAACCUUCCUACCUGGAGAUGAACCAGAGAUCGUCUAUAUCACAAAUCUCCUUUAUGGUGUGUAA